AUGGCCGAUUUCCAGCCACCAGCGCCGGCCAGAAAACCAUUAUUCAAGCGCACCGUGAAGCGCAAAUCCUCAUCCGAGAAACCCGACACCAACGACGACGGCCUCUCGCUCUUCAGCCGCGCCAAGGACUUCUUCCCGACCGUCAUCGAAGACCAGCAGAAGCGCGCGCAGGAGAAAGCCGCCAAGGCAGAGCAAGAACGCAAGGACAAGCUAGCGCGUGCGCAUAGAGAGGAACAGGACGCGUUGCAGGAGCAGAUACUGCGCGAAGAGGACUCGGCCAAGAAGCGGCGCCGCGCUGCCUCCCCGGCGUUCCCUAAAAGCGAAUACGGAGGAGAAGACGACCUCGAUGAUGACGACGACGACGACGUUUUCGUCGAUCGGCCGCGCAAGUCGCGGAAAUCGUCCGCAGCCACCCCCACGCCCCAAACCCCAAGCGGCAGACACCAGCGGCCUACUCUAGGCGGCUCCAGGUCUCGGGGCUCGGGUAGCACGCGCGCAUUGCGAUCUCGCAAGGCUACAACGCCAAUAGUGACUCUCGGCGACAGCAGCGAUGACGACGUCAAGGAAGUGAAGCCGACGAUACCCGACUCGAAGGCCGGCCUGAGCGCCAAGUCGAAGCAAACAGCAACCGUGCUCUCAGACUCGGAAGACUCGGGCCUGGAGGUUUGGGACAAGAGCCAGGACAAAAAAGCAGACGGGGAGGAGGAGGACGACGAAGAAGAAGACCCCUCCGCAUUCUACGUCAGGGCCGCGAUGGAGCGCAUGGAAAAGGCGAAAGCAGAACGCCUAGCGCGCGAGCAGGCCGGCCUGGAUGGAAGCUCCGCGCCCGCGCCCGAGGAGGACCCACCGGUGCAGAUCCUGAUCAUAUCGCAGGUGGCCGAGAUGAAGGCCAUCGUCAUCAAGUACCGGACGCGGCAGGGCCUGCAGGUGGCGUUCGACAGCUGGAAGCAGAUGCAGCGGAGGACCACGGCGCACCUAGACACGGUGAUAGACAGCAUGAUCUUCACGUGGAAGCGGAAUCAGGUCUACGGCACCACGACCAUGGAGACGCUGGGCGUGCGCCCGGACGCCGAGGGCAAGCUGUGGUCAAGCUGGCAGACCCAAGCGCCCGAGGGCUACUUCCGCAACGGCGCCGACCAGGUCUGCUUCGAGGCGUGGACGCGCGAGCAGUACGACGAGUACCUGGAGCUGGCGGAGCGCGACCGCCGGCGCGAACUCGGCGAGCUCGACGACGAGAACGACGAGGCCGCGACGCCGGACCAGGAGCAGGAGCAGGAGGCCGCUGCGGACAAGAAGAUCAAGGUCAUAUUCAAGGCGAGGGACAUGCCGCCCAAGAACGCCACGGUGCGCCUCAGCACGACGGUGGCGCUCAUGAUCAGGGUCUUCCGCAAGCUGGCCAACGUGCCUGCCGACAAGAGCAUCGAGCUCCACUGGGAUGGCGAGGUCCUCGGGCCGGAGAUGACGGUCGAGGAGGCGGAUAUUGGGGACAUGGACUCCGUUGAAGUUCACAUACGCUGA